AAGCCCCGCCUCCCAGCUUGUCCGCCCUUACCUAACAUGGCGGGGGAUUCUGCAAUGGAGCUGCUGUUCCUGGACACUUUUAAACACCAGAACACGGAGCACGGUAGCAAUGUGGAUGUUGUUCGAUUUCCACGUGUUGUAUACAUCAAUGAAGUCCGUGUCAUCCCACCAGGAGUCAGAGCACAUAGCAGCUUACCAGACAGCAGGGCAUAUGGAGAGACCUCACCGCACACAUUUCAUUUGGAUUUGUUCUUCAAUAAUGUCAGCAAGCCAAGUGCGACUGUGUUUGACAGGCUCGGGAGUCUGGACUAUGACGAAGGCAGUGCUAUCAUAUUCAGACCAAAUGCAAAGGUUAAUACAGAUGGCCUAGUGCUUAAGGGGUGGUAUAACUGCCUUACGCUAGCUAUCUAUGGGUCCGUAGACAGAGUUGUCAUAAGCCAUGACCGGGAUUCUCCUCCACCGCCCCCACCCCCACCGCCUCCUCCUCAACUUCAGCAGCUAGUCAUGAAAAGAAACCCAAAGCAUGUUGAAGAAGACAAAGAAGAUCAAUUCAAUGGUAGUCCACCUAGGCCUCAGCCACGGGGGCCUCGCACUCCCCCCGGGCCGCCGCCACCUGAUGACGAUGAUGAUGAUGACGAGCCUAUGCCAGUUUCAGGUGGUGAUAAGGAAGAUGAUGGAGAACAGAGAGAAGGCUACUUUGAACCCAUAUCUCCUGAUCGAGUGUCCAUUCGCCCUGAAGGCACCUACUCUGAUGAAGAUGAUGUUGACGAUGACGAAGAUGAUGAUGGUCAAGAUGACGUCGAUGAAGAUGAUGAUGAUGAAGACGACGACAAUGAUGACCUUAAUGCAGAGGAAGAAGAAGAGGAUGAAGAAGAUGAAGAUGGGCAGACUGAGGACAGUAUAGCUGAUGAAGAUGAUGAAGACGAGGGAGACGAUGAGGAAAUUGAAGAUUCCCCUAAAAUGCAAAAGAGGCCACUCCUUCAAGUGCCUGCUGUGAAAAUGUAUGGAGAUGAUGGCUAUGAACUGAUCUCAAGCGAUGAGGAUGUGAUUGCAGACUUUGAGCGUGAAGCAUUUAAGUACCCAAGCUUUGACAUUGAUUACACUCCUGAGGAUUUAGCCUCUGUGCCCACCAUGGCCUAUGAUCCUUAUGAUAGGGACUUUGGCCCUUUACUGUACUUUAGCUGUCCAUACAGGACUGCUUUUGAGAAUGAGCUCUACAGGCUUCAGGAGCAAGAUCUAGAAAAGGAAAGCCCUGAGGUUGCAGAAACUUCUGUUAAGCUCACACAACUUCUUGAACUGUAUCAAGAUGACAGAGGAGCAAAAUGGGUUACUGCUUUAGAAGAGGUACCCAGUCUUAUUGUGAAGGGAUUGAGUUAUUUGCAACUUAAAGAACCUGGACGCGAUCAUCUUAGUCAGUUAGUUGAUUGGGCAAUGCAAGCGCUGGACUUGCAGCUAGCUCUACAGCAGCCCAUAGCCUUGAAUGUCCGACAACUCAAAGCAGGCACCAAGUUGGUAUCCUCUUUAGCAGAGUGUGGUACCCGAGCUGUAGAAUUUCUUCUAAAUGGAGACAUCAUAAGCAAACUGUAUAAUUUGCUUUUUGCUGAGCAUGUAUCCUCCUCUUUAAAGCUGAAUGCUUUUAAAUCACUGGACAGCCUCAUCAGUACAACCGAGGGAAUGGAAGCCUUUUUAAAAAAUCCUUCUGUGCAAGGGAAGAGCGGUUACCAGAAACUGUUAGAACUCAUUUUACGGGAUCAAACUGUGAGGGUGUUCACUGCCUGCUCUGCUGUUAUUCAGAAAUGCCACUUCUAUGAAAUCCUUUUGGACAUGAAGAAAACUGGGGACCAACUUGCUGAUAGCACACUGCCUCUUCCCAGCUCUGAAGACACAGAAUCUGUCCUAGACCAUGAUGCUGAGGUUCAAAUGGAUAUGGAUAAUUUUCUAGAGGCCUCUAAUAUAAGUGAAGGAGACUUGGAAAAACUGGUUGCAUUUCUUAAUGAAAUUUUACAUCUUCUGGAAACUGCUCCUCACGCUAUGAUUCAGCCACCUGUAAAAUCCUUUCCAACAAGUGCUCGGAUUACUGGACCAUCUGAAAGAGACGAUCCCUAUCCUAUCUUGUUUCGGUACCUUCACAGCCAGCAGUUUAUGGAGUCUGCCACAUUGUUCCUCUCUCUCCCUGCAACUAGUUGUCAUCCUGGAGUGAUCAGCACCCUUAGGGAAAUACUCAGGUUUCUGACACAGUCACAGAAAGGUCUUCUUUUCCUAUUAUUUGAGAAUGAGUCGACCAACCUUAUAGCCCGAGCACUUUGCCAGGCCUCCGAGCAGGACCAAGAGGAGAAUAUACAAUCAGAUGCAAGUAGUGAGGACCCAUGUGCUCUUUGGCUCCUGCAUGCCACGCAGGCUCUGCAGUACAUCUCUGAGCUCUUUCACCAUUUCCAGCACUGUGAAGCCAGUGAAGAGGCCGACCAUGCCAAUCUCCUGGGAAUCCUACACAGCCUUUACCUCAUCAGCUUCAACCCCAUCGGGAGGUCGGCUGUUGCCCAUGUCUUUAGCCUUGAGAAGAACCUGCAGUGUCUCAUAACUCUCAUGGAGUUUUGCUCUAAGGAAGCUCUUGGAGAUACAAAAUCCAAGAAGUCUGUUGCCUAUAACUAUGCAUGUCUGCUUGUACUGCUGGUGGUCCAGACUGCUAAUGAUGUACAGACAUUGGAAAGUCAUUCUGCCUCUCUUCUGAAGCUUUGCAAGGCAGACGAAAAUAAUAUAAAACUGCAAGAGCUUGCCAAAUGGUUAGAACCAUCAAAAAGUAUUCGAUUUGAGAUAAACUGCAUCCCUGGCCUGAUUGAUUAUAUAAAGCAGAACUUGGACAACCUGAUGACACCGGAAGGUGUUGGUCUCCUGACUGCUCUUCGAAUUCUUUGUUUUGUUGCAUGUCCUCCUAAUCCUGUUGAAGGCCAGCAGAAAGACCUGAAGUGGAACCUUGCUGUUAUUCAACUUUUUUCUGCUGAAGGCCUGGAUACUUUCAUCCGUAUCCUGCAGAAGCUGAAUGGUAUCCUUAUCCAACCAUGGAGACUUCAUGUCAACCUUGGAACCACACUCUACAGAGCUAUCACCAUUUCCGUGGCUCGUUGCACUCUUACUUUGCUUAAGACCAUGUUAACUGAGCUUUUGAGGGGUGGCUCCUUUGAGUUUAAAGACAUGAGGGUCCCAUCUACCCUAGUUACUUUGCACAUGCUGCUGUGCUCUAUCCCCCUCUCUGGAAGGCUGGAUGGAGAGGAGCAGAAGAUCCAGGGUGAUAUCAUUGACAUCCUGUUGACUUUUACCCAAGGCGUUAAUGAACAGCUGACCAUAUCGGAGGAAACAUUGGCCAAUAACACUUGGUCUUUGAUGCUUAAAGAAGUUCUUUCUUCUGUCUUAAAAGCUCCAGAAGGCUUUUUCUCUGGUCUUAUCAUAUUGUCAGAACUUCUGCCCCUACCGCUUCCCAUGCAAACCACCCAGCUUAUUGAACCCGGGGAUGUUGCAGUGGCCCUAAACACUAGAAAACUAUGGAGUAUGCAUCUACAUGUGCAUUCAAAGCUUUUGCAGGACAUUGUGAGGGCCAUUUCUGGGACAUCUUGCCAACCUCUGCAGCAUACUAUCAGACGCAUCUGCAUCCAGCUGUGUGAUUUGGCUUCACCUACCGCUUUGCUGAUCAUGCGGACAGUACUGGAUCUGAUUGUAGAAGAGCUUCAAAGUGGUCCAGAGGAGAAGGAGAAGCAGUUUAUUGGCCAGACCGCUCGUCUGCUUGCUCUCCUCGAUUCGCUGGCUUCUUACAGAGCAUGCAAAGUGGCCAUAUUACACCUGAUAAAUGGUGGCAAAGGGGAUGAGCGCUACCUUGAACUUUUCCAGGAACUUCUGACUCUGAUGAAAUCUUCCAGCGACAACAUCAUUCAACAACAGUGCGCGGAAUAUGUAGCAUCCAUUGUGCAAUAUCUCUGUGACCAGGAUAUUGCCCUUAUUUUACCAAGCUCAAUAGAGCUAAAUGUGUCAGAGUUGGACCGACUUUCCAAUUCUUUACCAAGUAAAGAUAUCCUGCCCUCCAUCUGUAACAGCUUGAUAGAGGCUUUAAUCAACAGUGACAGCAGUUUUACCGCUCUACUCACCUGUGUCAGAACCAUGAUGUUCCUUUCAGAACACGACUAUGUUUUUUAUCAUUUGAAGAACUCUAUCCGGCGACACAGCAAUGCAUUGCACAUCCUAUUGAAACGCAUUUCUUGUGGCUUUGGAAAAGACACUGGUGAGCUGGCAUCUUUAUUCCUGGACUUCAUGAGACAAAUCCUAAACUCGGAUUCCAUAGCUUGUGGUGAAGAAAGUGGAAUGAUGGAAGUAGACUCUUCUCAUCCUUCCAAGACAAUGGGACUCAGCCCUGCGGAGUUAAGGCACUUACUCACCAACAAAGAAGAGCCUGUAGAGCGCUUGUUCUUGGAUUUGGAAAAAGUUGUUUUGGACCAAUGUAAGGAAGAUGACACCUUGGAGACUUUAUUAGACAGCAUAGGCAGUUUAAGACAUAUUUUGGAGUCCGCUAAAGAUCCAGUGCCACUCGGUGAUCAAGAUGUAGAACCUGUGCUGCCCCCAGCGGACUCCCUGCAAAAUCUGUUCAACAACAGGACCGUAUAUAUAUUGGCCGAUGUAAUGGAUGAGCAACUGAAAUCUUUGUCAUUUUCACCAUUCCAGCCUGAUGACGCAGAUGCAGAUUUAGACAUGGUGAAAGUUGACUUAAUUGAUCUCUCUGGCAAAUGCUGUAGUGAGUUUGACUUAAAAGGAGAGUUGGAAAGAUCGUUUUUGUUGGAGCCAUCUUCACCUGGUCGGACAAAGAUCACGAAAGGUUUUAAACUGGGAAAACACAAGCAUGAAACAUUUAUUACAAGUGGAAAGUCUGAGUACAUUGAGCCAGCAAAAAGAGCCCAUUUUGUUCCUUUGCCACGUGGAAGAGGCCGAGGUGGAUUUGGACAGGGAAUGCGGCCACAUGAUCUUUUCCGUCAGAGGAAACAGAACACAAGCCGGCCACCUUCCAUGCAUGUGGAUGAUUUUGUAGCGGCUGAACGGAAAGAAGUGGCACCACCGGUUGGCAUUCCUCCUCCCAAACGACUGCCAAAAGUGACUCAAAAGGUGUCCUCCCGUGGUGGGUUUCUUGGAAACAGAGGUGGUGGCAGAGGCACAUUCCACAACCAAAGCAGGUUCUUCACUCCACCUGCUCCUAAAGUUAAUUAUAGCCGUCGGGAAGGAACUCGUAUCCUCAACUGGAAUGCACAAACAACGCCACGAGGCACUUAUGUGGAAAGCAGAGGAGCACAAAGCAACUUUGACCGAGGAAACUUGCCUCCUCUUCGUCAAAGCUCUACAGGAUACCGUCCAAAUCCACGAGACAGGACUGUCAGAGGUCGUGGCGGCAUUGGACCAUCCUGGGCAAAUGCUACGAAUAGUGGGAAUAGUUCACGGGGAAAAUUUCUUGGUGGAAAUGGCAGCAGGGGACGCCAUGUACGGUCUUUUACUCGAUAGAAGAAUCUCUACUGGACUUCCUAUAUUUUUGAAUAUAUCAUGAGACAAUUUUGCAAUGAUCGUAAACAUAGCACUGAAGAACCAAUGAAUUUAAAAUGCUAAAAUGUGUUCUUAAACCACCCACGGAUUUGAAGAAAGUAUGUCUUUUGAUACAUAUGCUGAACGUUAAAAUAUAAGACAUUUUAUUUUCAUGUACAGUCUAGUAAAUUGUUCUGUGUUUGUCGGUUUUUCUUUGCCGCAAUUUUUUUUAUAAUAAAACUAUAAAAACACAAA